AUGUGUCUCCUGAAGUACUUCUUUGUUUAUGCAGAUCUUAAGAAUGCAGUAAAGGAAGGAGAUGGCAAGAGAGUUGGAACCCUGCACAAACAGUUGCUGCCCCUUUUCAAGUCAAUGCCUGGAUUCAAUGCCUAUGCAAUUGAGAUGUUCAUAAACAUUGUGCAGAAUGAAGUGUUACUUUCAGAGGCAGAAUCACAUCAGUGUACUUGGGCUGCCACUGCAAACUGGAAAGGUGGACCUGGAAAGAACAUCGAAAUUGACAUUCUGCAAGAGAACAGGAACAAAGACAUCAAGAAAGAGAUACGGGGAAUGGGUGCAAACAAAACUGACAAAGCAAUCGACCGUGCCAGCAGAGCUGCUGGGGGACAAUGGAAAAUAGUGGAAAAUUUUGAACAGCAAGUUGGCAGAGGUGUCCAACAUUCUUCACAUAGUCACAAAUCCUCUGCAACAGAUGAAAGCAAAGUAUGCAGGGAUCUUAAACCAUUCGCU